AUGGCAGCAGUAUAUGCAUACAGAGAGGAUUAUUUGAUGUUGUUCAAUGGAGCCAAAAAACCAGAAGCCAUGAAAGAGAGAGGCAAAGCUGUUGAAAUCUACAACAACGAUUCAGAUUUCAACUAUUCUGCAUCAGAAAUGCCUUGCAGGAAACACCCAUCUCCAUCUUCUGUUGGAAUCUGUGCCUACUGCCUUAAAGAAAAGCUUGUUAAAUUGGUGUGUACAGAAUGCGGAGAGCAGCGUCUUUCUUUAUGUUCUUGUUCAGAUAUUUCUUCAUACAGAAAAUCAUGCAGCACUAUGGAGUUUGGAAGUGUUGGCAGAGUCUCGUUUAAUGAAAAAACUGAUGAGCUGAAGAAUUUAAAGAUAAAAAGAAAAGGAGUCGAGGAGAAAUCAGAAGAGGUGAUUCUACUGAGGAGGAGCAGUAGCAGUUGUGUUGAAGUAAAGAAAAGUAAUGGGUUGUGGAAGAUCAAAUGGUUAUUUAAGAAGAAAAAAAGCAAAAGGGCUUUUGAGAAAAAUGGUGAAUUUGAAUCUUUUGAUGAUAAAACUGAAACAUGGGUUUCUGAUAUCAUGUGUAUUUCUACGUCUAGGUCACUGUGCAGUUUCCGGGACGAAGCCAGCGAUUAUGCAUUUUCAAGUGCAAAAAUCUCUGAUGUCACAAGUGGGGUUUUCCUGGAUUCAGAAUCCGAGCCAAGAAAAAGUGGAUUUGAGCCAAGAAAAAGUGGAUUCAGUGGUGGGGUUGAUGCUGAAAUUGGCACUGCAACAAGGAGUGUUUAUCCAGUUAAAGAAAGUGAUUUCAGUGCCAUGGAUGAAUCAGCUUUCAUUGAUCUGAAUCUUGAUUUAUCAGCAGAAACGAAAUUUGAUUUUUCAAAGAAGUCUGAUCGAUCUGGAACUUCUCUUGCAAAUCUGAAACGCGGUGGGGGAUCUUGUAGAAUAACAGUGAAUGAGAGAGGAUUAAAGAAAGGGAGCAAAGGGCACAAGGUUUGGAAGUGGAUUUUUAGGCAUCAAUCUGCAAAUAACAAGGAAGAAAGUAGCAUUUCAAAACCUUGA